ACUAAAAUAACUAAAAUAAUGAACAUUGAACCAAGUAGAGUCCAAAAUGUUCUUAAAACUUAAUUUCAGGAAUUAUAUUUUAAACAAUUUAAAACCACAAUAUAAUAAUCUUGAACGUUAUGUAUCGUAUAUUCAAGGACAAGAAACAGAACGUAAGGAAAGAGAAUAUUUUUAUUACAUAGACCACCAAGGGAUGCUGUUUUUAGAUGAUUCAAAGAUGAAGAACUUCACUUCUUGUUUUAAAGAAAAGAAAUUUUUGAGAUUCUUUUUUAAUCAAAUGCUUUUGAACAAAACGGAUCGUUAUAAAGAAUUUCCGUACUUGUCUAUGUGUGGUAAAGAAAGAAAUUACGUUCGAUGUGAUGAUUUCCCGUUCGUUUUUACCCAUGUUAUGAAAAAGAUAAAUAAAGAAGAAAAAGAGGAGCUUGUUUUAGCUUAUAAUCACGCCGGAGAAAUGUUGACAUAUAAAUUUCAACCAGAAAUGAUAUUUAUGUUACCGGAAUCAGGGAGAGUUUAUCACCCUGCGCCCGAAAAAGUUGGUGGAAUUGGUUUAGUUAGAUCUAAACUUGCAAUUGAGUUUAGUAAACAUUUUACUUUUGAUAAUGGGGAAACAGAGCCUCCAACAAAGUUUAAUUAUGAUGGUAGAGAAUAUGAUUUAAAUAAUGUUUGGUAUAAAGAAGCUAUUAAGAAAAAACCGAAUUAAAUUGUAAUAAAAAAACAAAUUAAACGUUUCAAAAAA